CCAAGAACCCGGUAAUUCUGACAAAUUUUUGUUGAAAACCUUUCCUCAGUCUUGAGAGAAAUUUUCCUUGUAUCUUUGCAAACUCUGACUAGUUUAACCCUGAUGUUAUGGGCCUGUGCUACAAGGCCUCAACACUUCACUUUCAUUUCCUGAAAAAGUACUGUAACAAAGUAACAAACAAAAAUAUUUUUUGUUUAGCCUGUAAAAGCGUCCUGUGAGCAUGUUCAGUUUUAUUAUACUGCUGUAAAUUAAGGUAAUCACAUUUUUCUCAUGUGUUGCUUUAAAUACUAUAUUAAUAACAUCCCUCUUCACAGGAAUUGUUUUGCAUGUAAGAAGUGGUAUGUUUUAAGCUGUGUGGCUACAGAACAUGUUUCUAACAUUUAAGUAUAAGGUAAAGGUAAAAGUUGCCUUGUGCUUAAUUAAUUAAAUACCACACCAUGAAGUUGUGUGGGAGAGAUGAGUUUUAGUUCCAUCAUUCUUGACUUCAGCACUAGUUGGAGAUAAAAUAUGCACAGCCUAAGGAGAGCAUCACUUGUAUUGCUGGUAUGGAGAAGGACCUGUUCAUGUCAAAAUGGAACAAAUGCCACAAAAUGGAAGGACAGAAUUUUGGGAUAUAGCUCAAUGAUGGGAAGAGAAUCACACAGAUAUUACUGUACAGCUGUUAGCAACUCAUCAGAGCAGGAUACUAUCCACAGGCUCGAAGACCCCAGAGUAGUAUCAUUACUAGAAAUGACUGUGAAGGAAGGCGUUACACCUAGUGAUGUAAUAAAUGCUUUAGAUAUAUCACCAGAGUUAUUGAAUAGAUCACCAUUGCAAUGGGAGAACUGUUUCAAGGAAUUAAAAUUGUACGGAUUUACACAAAGACACUGCUUAAGUAUGGUGGCUGCAUAUCCAUAUUUAUUUACACUGCUGGAAAAUAAUGAAUUAAAUUUGUCUAUGGCACAGUGGAUGAAUUGUCAACUUGGAUAUGACAAUGUGUUGGAUCUACUGGCAGCUUGCCCUCACUUUCUGUCUGUUACUGGAAAUGAACUGUCACGCAGAAUACCACUGUUAUUAUCAUUAGGGAAGUCACGCGGAAAAAAUGUUGUAAAAUUGCUACAAAACUGCCCUGGUGUUCUCUUUGCAAACUGGAAAGAUGUGGAAGCAAAGUUGGAUUAUGUAGAAAAAGUUAUGAAAAUUGACACAAAAAAGGAAAACUUAACUAAGUGUUAUAUGUUCAAUCGUAGUUUGGACGAAAUUCAGACUAGGCACAUAUUUUUACAAAGGGCUGGUAUUUAUGUGACACCAGGAAAGGUCAAGGGAACCAAAGUGGAGCAAAGACAGCAACCCUGGAGCAAGAAUCCAAGUCUUAGUCAUAUCACAGACACUAGUGAUGAGAUGUUUAUUUCAGAAGUUGCCCCUGACCUCACACUUGAAGAACUUGAAGUGUUUCGUGAAAUGUACAAGGAAGAACUAGACAUGGAAGAUAACAGUGAAAAUGAAGAUGAACUAUACGAUGGUGAAUGAUUGCUUUAUGUAUAAUAAUAACAACCAUAAAAUGUAAUACAAUAAAUUUUCAGAAAUGAAGGCACACCACUGUACUGAUGGUAACAUGUCUGAUUUGAAGAUAGUGUCAUUGCUCAGAAAUUUGUAUCUAAGGCAAGAAGACAGGUAUUAAAACUUAAAAUAUUCUGUGGAUGAGUA